CGAAGAGGAUCCUGACAUCCGCCUUGUCCAGUUGGUCCGCUGCACUCCGACUGCUUCUGUCACUAUGAGUCUGGUGAAGCGAAGUCUCGUUUUGUUGUGCGUGACACUCAUGCUGGCAUCCUUGCUCGUGCAGCGGACCGAUGCCACCAGGCGGAAGCCCAACGAACUCUUCAACGGGUCCAUCUUCGGGAAACGGAGUUACUCCGAUUAUUACCUGCGCUGGAACCAGGCGGCGUGCGAGCUGGCAGCCGACCCCAUCUGUCAGUGGCUCCGACACGAAGAGGAGUCCCGCACUUGAUGGACAUACUGCAGCCGGAAGGUUGCACGAUGUCGUUUUUCGUUUCAGUAGAAGGAGCAGGUUGAUUAUACCAUUCGCGGUGUUUUAUUUUAAUUCUAUGUUCACUUCAACACGCAUGUUCGAG